UUAUGAGCUGCUAUAGGCUUAAAUGAUAAAGAGUAUGAGCUAGUGUUGGUUUCAGGGAUUGUAGUUCUUUUCAAGUCCUUUUUCUACUCUUAUGAGCUGGUGUAGGCUUAAAUGAUAAGAGUAUGAGCUAGUGUUGGUUUCAGGGAUUGUAGUUCUUUUCAAUUCUUCUGAACUAGUGUAAAUGCUGAUUUGAUGUCUCUAUUUUCUAUUUUUUAGUUCUGAGGACCCUUUUCUGCCUAGAUACAUUCCCACAUUGUCAUCCUGAAUUUGCCUUACUACACAAAUUUCUUCUGUGCUCUUCUGUUCUUAAUAAGUGCUCUCACUCUCUCUGAAUGAAUUUUCCUUUUCUUAAUGUUGAACUGAUUUCCCUACUUUUCUACCUUCAAUCUAGUUUCAGAGUUAUCAGAAACAUUUACCCAGGUCGAAAUGAGACUCAUUUUGUAUUAAAUGCAUUUCUAUACUUGGUUUUCUUCCUGAUCAGAUCAUUUUUCAUGUUAUCUUAGCUCAUCUAAUGAACAAGGUUUUUCAAUCAGUUCCUGAAACUUAUCCAUGUAUUUUAUAUGUAUGUUUGCAGACGCUGUAAUGGCUUCUCACUUCACUGCACUUAAGCUCUUCUGGUUGACAUGUUUCUUCAUUUCCAACAUAUCGUCUGCUAUAGAAACGACUGAAUUCCGAGCUUUAAUGGCAUUCAAAUCCCAGCUCAAAAGUUCGGAAGAAACCUCGAACUGGGGUUUUUCGGGUUUUCUCUCUUCAGCGUGCUCUUGGACUGGACUAAGUUGCAGAGAUGGCCACAUAGUCUCUCUCUCUCUACCCCACAUGGGACUCAAAGGAGUUCUCCCUAUGGAGAUGGGGUUUCUCUCUCGUCUUGAAGUGCUCAACCUCACAGAUAACCACUUUCAGGGUUUGAUCCCACCAUCAAUAUGGCAGCUCUCCAAUCUCAAAACCUUGGAUCUCAGCUUCAACCUUUUUACUGGAACCCUAGGACCAGAGCUCCAAAGCCUUAGAAACCUGCAAAAACUGGACCUGACCUCUAAUGGGUUGUCCGGAAAACUGAUUCCUGAAUUGGGUUGUCUCCCUAAACUUCAAUUCUUGAAUUUGGGUUUGAAUUUGUUCACUGGGGUGAUACCCGAACAGUUGUCAGAUCUAUCUGAACUAGAUACCCUAGUUUUGACUGGAAACGAGCUUUCAGGCCCAUUUCCAGAAGGUCUAGUGCACCUCAUGAACCUGCGUGUCCUCGACCUCAGCAACAAUGGCUUCUCUGGUGCCAUUCCUGCAAGAGUCGGAGAGCUCAAGAAGUUGCAGGUCAUGGAUGUAUCAAACAAUUCUCUAACAGGACCCAUUCCUCCAGAGAUCGGAAGCUUAACAGAGCUAAAAGACCUCUUUCUAGGGCUUAACAGGUUUUCAGGUCCUUUGCCAAGAGAAAUCAGUAACCUGAUCAACCUGGUUAAUCUUGAUGCUCCUUCGUGCAAUAUCAGAGGGCCGAUUCCGGAAGAAAUUGGGUAUCUCAGGAGUCUCGACAAGCUCGAUCUCUCAGGAAAUCCUUUACAGUCUCCAAUUCCUGCUUCCAUUGGAAAGCUUCAGAACCUAACUAUCCUUAAUCUUGUGAGCGCAGGAAUUAAUGGGUCCAUACCAGAAGAGCUUGGAAGUUGCAGAAGCCUCACAACUGUGAUUUUAACAUUCAAUGAAAUCACAGGAGCUUUGCCUGAUAAGCUCUCCGAGCUUGAGGAAACCAUUCUUUCUUUCAGUGUGGAGCAAAACCUGUUAACAGGACCGAUCCCUCCAUGGAUUGGUCGAUGGAAAGUUGCAGACUCGAUUCUUUUAGCUUCUAACCAGUUUAUUGGGAGAAUCCCACCAGAAAUUGGCAAUUGUUCCGCUUUGACCCACCUCAGUCUGAGCAAGAACCACUUAACAGGCUUUAUACCCUCAGAGCUCUGCAAUGCUUCAUCUUUAUCAGAGCUUGACAUAGAGAACAAUUUCCUUGUUGGAUCUAUUGAAAACACUUUCAUCAACUGUAAAAACCUAACCCAACUGGUUUUGGUCCAUAACCAACUUACAGGAACAGUUCCCAGAUAUAUUGCAGAGCUUCCUCUUGUGGUUCUUGAGCUUGAUUAUAACAAUUUUACAGGUGAAAUACCGCAUGAGAUUUGGAGCUCAGCUUCCCUCUUGGAAUUUAGUGCAGGUUUCAAUUUUCUUCAAGGCAGUUUACCACCUGUAAUUGGAGAUUUAGUGACCCUGCAAAGACUUGUAUUGAAUGAUAAUGAAUUGGAGGGGAGAAUCCCAGAGGAGUUUGGGAAGUUACAGAGCUUGUCGGUGCUUUCACUUAACCAGAACAAAUUAUCGGGAGAACUCCCAAUGCAGCUCUUCUUGUGCAACGUGUUAACGAGUCUGGAUCUCGGGAACAAUAAGCUUACUGGUGAAAUUCCUCCUGAGAUUGGGAAAUUGUCUCAGCUUGAAUACCUGGUUCUCUCACAUAAUCAGUUUUCAGGCGAGAUUCCUUCUAAAAUAUCAGAUAUUUUCAGGCAAUCCAUAAUACCAGAUACCAGUUACUUGCAGCAUCGAGGGGUUUUGGAUCUCUCAUGGAACAAUCUCUCUGGUCCAAUACCAGAAGGACUUGGAAACUGUGGCAUAGUUGUGGAUUUGUUCCUCAACAAUAAUAAUUUGAAUGGUCCAAUCCCCAAAUCCAUAUCGGCAAUCUCAAAUCUCACUUCAUUGGACCUUUCCUCGAAUAAUUUAGAAGGUGAGAUUCCAGUUGAAAUUGCAGAGCUUGAAAAGCUUCAGGGCUUGGCGAUGGCAUAUAACAAUCUCCAAGGCACAAUACCGGAGGAGCUUGGAAGGCUCAGGAACCUGGUUAAGCUUAACCUGACUGGGAAUCGCUUGGUAGGUCCCGUACCAAACUCCAUUGGAGACCUUCGAGCUCUUUCAGAUCUUGAUUUAAGCAACAACCAGCUCUCUGGUUCUUUGUCAUCUUCCAUGGCCAAACUUGCAAAUAUCGUAGGCCUUUACCUGCAAGAGAAUCGAAUCUCUGGGAGCCUAAAUGGGUUGCUCUCUGAUAGUGCUUCUUGGCACCAGAUUGCGAUAUUAAAUCUCAGCUCAAAUCUCUUUAGCGGUGAAAUCCCACCCUCUAUUGCAAAUCUCUCCUAUUUGAACUACCUGGACCUCCAUAAUAACCAAUUUACAGGCACCAUCACCACAGAUCUUACCCAUCUAUCACAGCUCCUAUACCUAGACCUCUCUGCAAACUCUAUCAAAGGAAAGAUACCCAAUGAGCUGUGCAGCCUCACUGAUCUCAACUUCUUAAACCUCUCUAGCAACAUUUUGGACGGUCCGAUACCAAACUGUCAAAACUUUACUUAUCAAUCUUUUCUAAACAAUAGAGCUCUAUGUGGACCCUUAGUGGAAGAUGGGUGCGAAGAAAAAGCUGGACUGAGAAGAAGCCAUCUGGUUAAUAAAAGAGCCAUCCUGGUUCUAGCCCUGACCAGUACCUUCUCCGUCCUCUGCUUGACCGUGUUUUUUCUCAAGUGGAGGAUGGCAAGGCAAGAAGAAGACAGUGGGUUCAUCGAGUCCCCCCAAAAGUUGCAGAGCUGGAGCCACGGCCCUAACCAAUCAAUAGAACCUGGGCUUUGCCUUUUGUCCAAGGCCAAAAGCAGAGAGCCUCCAAGCAUAAAUAUAGCCACUUUCCAGCAACCCCUCCUUAGGCUAACCCUAGCUGAUAUACUUCGAAUGACCAACAAUUUCUGCAAAUCCAAUGUAAUAGGUGAUGGUGGGUUUGGUACAGUGUAUCGAGCUAACCUCCCUGAUGGCCGAACAGUUGCUGUCAAGAAGCUUGGAAAGGCCCGGGAUCAGGGCCAGCGAGAAUUUCUGGCUGAAAUGGAAACCCUAGGCAAAGUGAAGCACAAGAACCUAGUUCCACUACUUGGGUACUGUUCUUUUGGAGAGGAAAAGCUUUUAAUCUAUGAUUUCAUGGCUAAUGGGAGCUUAGAUUUCUGGUUGAGGAAUAGAACAGAGGCUCUGCAAGUGGUUCUAGAUUGGAACAAGAGAUUCAGAAUUGCAUUGGGCACAGCAAGAGGGCUGGCUUUUUUGCAUCAUGGGUUUGUACCUCACAUAAUCCACAGGGAUAUGAAGGCUAGCAAUAUUCUUUUGGAUAAGGAUUUUGAGCCAAAAGUUGCAGACUUCGGGCUUGCGAGAAUUAUGAGUGCUUGUGAGACUCAUGUCACGACUGAGAUAGCAGGGACUUUUGGCUAUAUCGCACCAGAGUAUGGUCAAAGUUGGCGAUCUACAACUAAGGGUGAUGUAUAUAGUUUUGGAGUGAUACUUUUAGAAAUGGUUACGGGUAAGGAGCCGACUGGUCUGGGGUUCGAUGAUUUUGAAGGGGGGAAUUUGGUUGGGUGGGUUAGAGAAAUGGUGGUGAGGGGAAAGGGCAUGACUUGUUUGGAUGGUGAAGUUUGUGAUGGUCAGGGGGUCAUGCAGAUGCUCAAGGUCUUGCAGCUUGGCCUGGAAUGCACCAGUGAUGACCCUAUGAGGAGGCCUACUAUGUUAGCAGUAGUGCAGAAGCUCAAAGAUAUUGGAGAAAAAUAAGAGUUGUGUAACUAUCUUGUAAGUCUUUAGUGGGUUCCAUCUCACAACCACAAGUGUACUUGAGAGAAAGAGAGACUGUGGGCCUAUGCUGUAAAAUGAGUUUCCCACCCACUUCCUGUACUUUGGCAUGGUUUUAACUAAUUUUGCUGGAGAAAAACUUUUACCUAGAUAUCCUUUAUUCCAAUGGUUGCUUGAGCUGUAGUAGUGACAUGAUCCCAUGAGGUCUUCAAUGGUAGAUGAUAUUGGGGCUUU